AUGAAAGCGAAGGUGGAGAGUCUAGUCACGCUUGCACGCACUGUCGGACUGGAGGCCAACAUCGCCAAGACAAAGGCUAUGAGAGUCAGCCACAAUAAUGCAAUAUCUAUAACGGUUGAUAUUUUUGACUUGCUUCCUGAUGAAAAUGCUGUUCAUCCUUCGGUGAUGCCAUCUCUCUUCCGCACGUUGCUAUUGGCUGUUGCCUCGAUUGGAAUAACGCAAACGCGCCAUGUGUACGCCACAGAAUUGGUAAAGCCUCGAGUGACGUCAUUAAUGUCAACGGGGGUUGCUCGCAAUGAAAGCAUCUAUAGUUACAACAAUUCCACCAGCCUUGCCGAAGAGGGCGCAAACGCCGUUUCAUCGCAGCAGCAGCAGCAGGCAGCACUUGCGGUUACAAGGCAAGAGUAUUUGAGCCUUGAGGACCACGGCAACGACGAAACUUCCACUGUCUACAUCAAUUCACCGACGAGUGUAGUUCAGGACUGGAGUUUGGUGUGUCAGCAGCUCUGCGGAGCUGGCCUAGGUGGCGCGCCGUGCGCUUCCUACUGCCACAGCAGCGAGACGCCGUCGCUCCUACCAGCAUUUGACGCUAGCAAAGAAGAGAUUUGUGAAGAUCUUUGUAGGCUGCAGCUCGGUGACGUUAGUUGCAGCUGCUCGGCUGAUGGGGCGUCACAAACGGCUUCCGAAAACAAUUGGGGCGAUGAUGUGUGCAGCAGCUUUUGUGACCAUAGCGCGGCGACAUUGGAUGGCUGUAGCCCCUGCAUGGACGAUCAGGAAGUAACAUUUGAAAAAGCUGUGGUCGAAACUACAACGCCAGACUGGACAAAGUUGUGUGCCGCUCUCUGUAAAACUGGCGAUGGCGGGUCUUUGUGCAAUUGUGAUUUGGUGCCAUUUCUUUAUAGGAUCUAGCAGAGCGACGAAUUGGCAUGCAACAUUCACCAUGGAAAUACCAACAAACAGGACUCGGGCUCAAAUCGAUAGGUCAUUGGUCUAAAAUUUCCUGAAAUUGUACCUGGGACGUGAAAUGUUGUUAACUUUUUUCCAACUCUGUGCAAUCUCUUAAUUCAAAUUUAUUUCGACGACGACAACAACUGCUUCAACUUAUUGGUAUAUAAAAUGUUUACUGGCUUGACAUACACACAGUCAUGCAUAGCCAUAAAGACCACUAAACUAUGCUACAUUAAUGAAAGCAUCCAUAUUUGAGUUUAUGUUCUAUUUUUAUGAAAACAUUAAUUGUCUUUAACUUUAAUAAAUUAAAAGGCGCUUUGUUGUUCACUUAAGUGGCUCAGCGGCAGCCUUUUUGUUCUGUUUCGCUUUUGCACUAAAGCACGGCUAUGAGGAGAGGCGUUGAGAGUAAGGAAAAAAAGGAAAUGCAAAAAUAAAUAAAAAGUGAAAAAAAAACCAAAACUAAUCCCUAUGCGAAUCAAUUAAUUUGUAAUUAAUUUGAAUUAUAGUUAAAGAAAAAGAAACAGAAAGCGUUAAAAUGACGAAGAAUCAUUACAAAAACAAUUAUAGGCAUAAUGAUACAGUAAAUAGCAAAUGCACUUACGCGGAGAUGUAGGCGAAUAUAUACAUAUAUAAACACAUGCAUACCUAUGUAUACAUCUAGAAAAGCUUAAGUGUAACUACAUGCAAUUCAUGCAUAAAUAUUCCAUAUACAUACACAUACAGUUGCUUGCACAGAUACAAGCACAUAUACUCAAUAGUUAUCAGCUUUCUGUUCAAGUUCGUGUUGCACAAUUUUCGAAGGAAAUUACCGAAGAAAAUAGGAACAACAAAAUCACCAAAGGGCUUCCAGGAUGCCAGCAUGGAACUUGCGACUUAUGCUACGCGAAAGUGGAAGUCAAUGUCCAGCUGGCAUACAAAUCUCAGAGUGUAGAAUAAAAGUAGGUUAAAAAAAAAUUUUUAAAGCGCAGCAAUUCGAGAUUUUGUGCAACGGUUAGAAAACAAUUCAUUAUUCGGUUUUUUCCGCCUGUGUUUAAUGGAAAAGGUUUUUUGUUUAUUCUAUUUUUGUGUUUAAAAAAGUGGCGAAACAAUUCAAUUUGGCCCGUUAUAAUAAUUUGGCCUAAAAUCAAAAAAAUUAUGUGUUAUGUGUAAGGAUUAUUUUCAAAAUUUGCUCACUUAAUUGAAUACAAACUAUUGCCCGCGUUUUAACGAAAUUCUGCACCCAAAAUAAAUCCGAAAAAAGUAAUAAACGAAAAAUAGGUCUAUUAUUUUAGUUAACAAAUUGAACUAAGCAUAAAAACGAUGAAUAUAAACUUUUUUGUAGUAAUAUUAAGAGACUUUGGAAGAUAAACAUACAUAUAAAUAGAAAUUUAAAGAAAAAAACUCAGAAAAACGUUUUGGAAGACAUUUUUCAUUUCUGCGAAAAGUAAACUUUUCGAAAAGUCCGUGCAUUUGAAACCAUGACGGGAUUUUAACUUUUGGAAGACAAAGCUGUACACUUUAAAUAUUUGAGUAAAUGACCCAUGCAAAUGUAAAAGUUAUAUAUUAAUACACUUAUAUAUAUAUAUAAAUACAUAUGUAUAUGAACAUGCCUAUAAAUGAAAUGGUUAAUAUUCAAAAAAUACUUAAGGGGGAUUACACAAAAUAUUACCUUUACUUAGCCAAAUUAUUAAAAAUAUUAAACAAAUACGUAUAUGAAUGUAAUAAUACACACACAAAUAUGCACAGUUAAUGUACGUGUUUAGGCCGAAAUUAAAGUUAUUAUUUGAUUUUGGUGAUAGCUCCAACCAAGAAGCACAGCUUUCCAAAUACUGCAAUCACAUCCGCGGUUAGAAGGGGCAGAUGUGCCAUUUUGGCUGAAAUCCACGCUGUGACUGACAAUAAAGGCAAAUUCUUCGGGCACAACAGACUCCAGUGGCUAGCUAAAGCCCGGAGCUGUUUCCGAGAGUUUCCAUCACAACAUAGCGCUAAGUAAAAUAUAAAUACAUACGUAUAUAACAACAACAAUCGCGUAAAUUCAAUUAAAUCAACACACUAAUAAAUGUUAGUUGUCUAAAACUACAUAAAUGAGUAAAAUAAAUGCACAUCUAUGAAUGUAAUAAGUUUGUAAAAAUUAUAUAAAUAGCACACAAAGGGCAAAACCAGCAGAAGACAUAAUGUAAAAUAGAAAAAAAAAAAUACAAAUACAAAUAGAAAAUACUAAUUUUCGGUUUUUCAGAUGUUUGUCCAUUGGUACAUAUGUAUUUAUGUGCCAUAUACAUACAUAUGUAGAAGCAAAUUUUCAGACCACAGCCAAAGAUAUUCGAGAAACAAGUUUUGACGUCGAUAAUAUUUUGAACGGUAAAGUGAAUGAUCCACAGUACGCUUAGCACCACUUUUAAAUGCACACGCACCAAAAAUUAUUAAAUAUCAUAAAACUGAAUAAUUGUAUCAAAAUAAUUUCAAAUGCACUUAAAAAUCCCAAUUGCACGCACCCAAUGUCCCCGUAUCAAAAAUAAAAUAAAUAUAAAUAUACAAAUAAAAAAAUUAUUUUCUCUUUAAUUAAAUUACUUGUCUGUUAAAUAAUUGUAUGUAUUGAACUUGUUGUAAUUGUAAUUGCAUUAUAAUCUAGAAGUUAACUGCCAUUCGACUUUGUUUUUCUCUCGAAAGCAACCGUUUAGUCAUCUUGAUUGUUAUCUGCGAUAAGCUACGUAAAAAAUUCAAAUUAUCUUCAAAUGAAUUAGUAUCCUUAACGAAAAUCAAACACAAAAAAGAACUUUAUAAGUGUGUAGCUGAUAUGUAAUAAAAUAAAAUAAAUUGUCCUUUUGUGACUACACAACACAAAACUCAACAGAAGACGAGGAGUGUCUCAAAUAUUUGUUCGCUUAUUAAAUCAUAUAAAUCACAUAAAUAUUUCAAAGAUGCUCCAAAUACAACAAAUAUAAGUAAAAGUUAAUAAACAAUUAUAUAGUUGAAUGUUGUGAAGUCAAA